UUCGGCUUGGCUCGGCGCUGCUCGGCUCGGACCCAUUCGGCUCGGCUCCGCUCGGCUCGGAUCCGUUCGGCUCAGACCCAUUCGGCUCGGCUCGGCUCGGCACAGCGCUGCCCGGCCCGGGUAAUGGCGAACUUAACAACUCCUCAGGCCUGGACCAGAAUCGUCAACACCUCCUUGGUGACAAGCAGCACAGGAGACAACACGUACAAGUGUGUAUUUGAUGAAGACUUCAAGUACAUCCUGCUGCCUGUCUCCUACGGCAUCGUGUGCGUGGUGGGGCUGUUCCUCAAUCUUCUGGCCCUCUAUGUCUUCAUCUUCAGGAUCAAGACAUGGAAUGCCUCCACCACAUACAUGUUCAACCUGGCUGUGUCUGACACACUCUACGUGGUCUCCCUGCCCCUCCUGGUGUACUACUAUGCCAUGGGGGACAACUGGCCGUUCAGUGUGGGCUUGUGUAAGAUAGUCCGCUUCCUGUUUUACACCAACCUCUACUGCAGCAUCCUUUUCCUCCUCUGUAUCAGCGUCCAUCGAUUCCUGGGCAUCUGCUUCCCGCUGAAAUCACUGCAGUGGGGCCACGUUCGCUAUGCCCGGAGAGUGUCAGUCAUCGUGUGGGUGGUCACUGUGGUGUGCCAGUCACCCGUGCUCUUCUUCGUCACUACCAGCAUGAAGCGCGACAGUGUCACCUGCCACGACACAUCCAGGAAGGACCUCUUUGGCCAGUUUGUCAUUUACAGUUCAGUGAUGCUGGUGCUUCUUUUCUGCAUCCCUUUUCUCACCAUCAUCGUGUGCUAUUGCCUAAUGGCUCGGAGGCUGCUACAGCCCACACGGGGUACCUCCCGGAUGUCUCAGUCCAAAAGGAAGUCAGUUAAGAUGAUAAUCAUAGUGCUUGUGGUCUUCAUUGUUUGCUUUCUUCCGUUCCACAUCACUCGUACCUUGUACUACUCCUUCCGGAGCUGGGACUUAAGUUGUCAGACUCUCAAUGCUAUCAAUUUAGCCUAUAAGGUGACCAGACCCUUAGCUAGCACCAACAGUUGCUUGGAUCCCAUUUUAUAUUUCUUAGCAGGACAAAGAUUUAUGAAAUUUGCAGGCAACAAAAUGCCAGGGAAACCCCAAAAUGAAAUGGCCUUGGGAGUCACGCCCACUGCUCAGUUGAAAACCAGCAACGACACAGACAUGAUAUCCAAGGAUGGAAAGUCCUAGGUCUUCUCCAUCGCGUUGCGGUGAGUACCCUUUCGCCAGUGGAAGGGUUUGUCCUGUGUGUGAACGGAAUUGGUGAUCCUUGGGUCUCCCGAGGCCUGUGGUGGUUUGCAGUGCCCUGACUUGCACCCACUUCAGCAUGAUCCCUGUUAAAUGCACUCCUAUGCAAGCUGCCAUUUUGAACAAUUUAAAGGAAGACAUGGUUGUGGUUAUACCGAGAAACUCCGUAUCUGUGUCUCUUCUGCCAAACCUGCUCAUCUGCUCAACACCGAAUGGCAUCUCCCCAAUGGUGAGUGUUGGAGACCUCUAUGAUGGUGGCAAAAUGUGCUAGAAAAUCAUGCCCUGAAUAUUUAAGAUUAUUUUCUAAACCAGAAACUUUUCAAGCAAAAGGCCUCCAAAAACUGAAGAAAAUACAUUUGCCUUUCUCCAGAUUCCCUGGCACAUUGUUAGCAAGUGUUUAUCCGAAGUUUUGUGUGUCUUGGCAAGGGAAGAAAGGCUUUCGAUCGAUGAGGAGUGUCAGCUGUGGUUUUAAUAAACAGGUCGAUAAAAAUAUCAAGUGCAAAUACCACCCAGGAAGCAGGGAAGGGACUCUCACAACUUUGACAGCCCUUAAGAAAUGUUCCCCCAGCUACUGCCCAUGCCUCUGCUGGACUAGCCAGGAAGGGAUUUUGAGGUCUUGUCCAAGGGCUGCUUUGCUCCUUGGAGAGUUACUGGUGGGUUGAUACCCUCCACCACUCGGGGGCUUGCUGGCAUUAGCAAGUAGGUCCUCUGUAGCCUCCUCCAUGAAGAUACGCAAGUGGCGUUAAUGUUCUACUCACCAGAGAACUGCUAAUGCUUUGCCACCCGACAACAUCCACCUUUGAAAGGCUUUCAGCAAUCCGUAACACUGUCUCAGCUGCUGCCUUUAAUAAUCAUCUCCAACCCAUUAAAACUGAAGGGGGGUUGAGCUCUUUAUGCCUUGUUUUUAGCCCUCUUAUUAAUGACUUGUGUUUCCAGCGAAGAACCAUAGACCGGUGUCACACCCUCAACUGUGGGCUGCCAUGAGCUCGUUGCUGCUCAGAGACGAUAGCCCUUAACAGCUUGCCAUGACCCAAAGAGCUGCUGAAAUCCUGCGCAGACCCUGCUGUCCGGUCUCCCCAUAAUCCCAGCACUCAGCAUAGCCCUCACUGACAGCAUGAACCUUCCCUUGGAAAUUUGGCAGUGCUGAAUGCUGACUUUAGGAGCCGUAAUAUUAAACGUAGUGCUUAGGGAGCACCGUGUCUGCUAGCCAGGGCUAAGCCUCUGUGUGGGUUUAACUCCCACUGAAGCAUAUUUAAGCAGGAAAAUGACCCUGCUCCUGCGUCUAGUCCUAACCCCCUUCUCCUCCAGCCUGUGCUGGGCUGGCUGUCUUGCCCUGCGCUGAUCCUGAGGGUCUGUAAAAGGAGAGGCAGACAUCAUGCAUAAGGCUCACGUCUCCCUCGCAUGGAGAUGCUCCUCUCGUCCACUUGGAAGAUUUUUCAGGAUCUGCAGAUCAAGAAGGACAGGAAACCCCAAGCUAAGGAAAGGUGGGCAGCAGAGGUGGGGGAGAAGAGCUGGACCUAGCACAGCUCCUCAAGCACCAUGUCCCUUCUCAAGGAGGAUGGGUGCAGGCUGACCUCCACCUAUGGCUUCGUGUGGCCAACAGGAGUCAAGUAUUCUUCAGCAUGUGCAAAACCAGCAGAAUCUAGCCAGUUGCAGUUGGAAUGGACAUCACCAUCUUGGAUGCUUUUGUUCAGGUCUUCUCUGAUCAGCUUUUUAGCCACUGAGUUGACAUGCGUCAUGCCAGUCGUGACUGACUUUGGCCUUGCAUCCUGCAGUCAGUCAGGACAAUUCAAACUGGGGUAGUGAAAAUAUCCACAAAACAAUUCACUAGAUGACCCACUCGGUCUUUCUCCCUGUAAUUGCAGGGUUUGAGAGUAGAGAGCCCAGGCACGUGGUUUCCUUGCCCAGUCUUGCCGCAAGGAUGCUGUUUACUCACCCAAAAAUGAAAAUUGUUCGUCCUGCAAAGCUGGACUAGUCGUAUCUUGUAAGAGCAGCCGCGACUCUAUUUUAGGGUUAGACAUUAGAUACAUUUGAUCCUGGUUUAAAACCAAUUGCUCAGACCUAAAAAGAGUUUCUCCCAUUCCUCCUUCUUCUAAGCAUGUGUUUAUGGCUUGCUGGAGAUAACGACAUGGCGCCACGUAGCCAGCCAAGUAUAGCCGGGGUGACUAGGACCCCACAGAGAUAACUGGGAGGUUCUUGUGGUCCCACUCAGUGGAGCCAUGGUCACUUGGAGGACUCCUGACCUGACAAACAUUAUAGCAGCCGCAGGAGGCAGUGGGGGAAUUGUCUCCAUCUGCGCUCAACCCUGAGCACCAUUCGUGAAGAGAAACAGAACAUUUGUAGGGUGAUUCACCUCAUUCACCAUCCGAUGUGGGUCCCUCUGUGCUUCUGGCUCUGCACAUGCUAGUGGCACUAUUUGGGUUCAGAGUAAUUGGAGAGGUACCAGCUGGAAAUUUUUUUUUUGUUCUUACUGUUUGUAAAAGCACUAACUUAUACUAAAAAUGUGGGUUUUUGUGACAAUAACUGUACAUUUUUUAUUUUUGUAACA